ACGCCUUUAUCCUGGACCUCACCUCACCUCACCUCUCUUCUUUUUCCAUCUCCUCAUAUUAAAAUCCCACAUAUCACCAAAAUGGCCUGCCGACCCCCUAUACCGAAAGUCAAGCUUCCCUACCAUAAACGAUUUGUCUCAACUGUCGGUGGCAUCCUCUCGGGUUCCUUGCAUGGGGUCUUGGCCGUUUUCGGGGUUUUCUUUGAUAUCAUUCUUCCAUUUGUUACGGCGCUUGUUAUUAUUUUUGGGGUUAUGCUUGUUUGCUUCGUGCUUUGUAUGAUGGUUGCGGAGAAGUUGGGGUAUGAUGCUGGGUUUGAUGAGCAGGAGAAGAAAUUAAAGGAGAAGAGUGAGGGUCAGAGUGAAGGUGAGAGCAAGGUGCAAAGUCAGGGGGAGAGUGGGAAAGAGGGCUCCAGUGAUGGUGACGGUGAUGGUUCUGGGACUGGGGGAAAGGAAGGGGGUUCCGGGGAGGGAACAGAGGUGGACGAGAAGACAAAGCUGAGGGUCAAUAUUGAUAUGUUGGAGGGGAUCCUGAAAGCGCAAAAGGAGAGGCUUGAGGAGUUUAACAAGAGCUAAGCUGGGAGAUGCUGAAUGGAAAGACGUCUUUCGUGUCCCUGAAGAUGAAUGGAUUCCAACGCACAACAUCAACCUCGCUAUCUCCUUUCAAACCCCUACGCUGGCAAUCGGUCCAAAAGCAAAAUGGCACCCCAGAACCCCCACCCACUCCAUCCUCAACGCGACCAACGACUUUUACAUCCCAAUUAUGCACGCGCUCCUGAUAACCAUCACUGUGUGUAUGUAUCCGAGUACAUUGUAUCAUAUCAUAUGGCAUAGCAUGUUUCACGAGGAUCAACAGAAAAUCAGCCCAGCUAGACGUCAACUAUUCAGCCUACUAGACACCAGCCGGGCAUCUUAAUAGACAGUAAUCACCC